AUUUACGUGGACUAUCCCGGUAGUAAAUUCAUUUCUGAAGCUUGUGUCUGUUUGUACAUUGCUGGAAAAAGCCUCUGCAUGCAUUAAUACAGUAGCCAUAUGAAAAAUUAGCUACAGUUUAUUUCAAACAGCCUAUUAUAAACGUGCAUGCAUUGCAGAAGAUAAAGCACCUCGCUUGUGAAUUGUAUUGAUGUGGAAUUGCACCAGGUGUUAGAAUACAAAAGGAUAUCAGUCCAACACAAGGUGUCGGGAUGAGCUUCUUCAGUUUCGGACAAACUGCUGAAAUUGACAUAAUUCUAAAUGAUGCCGAGACGAGAAAAAAGGCCGAGCAUAAAACAGAGGACGGGAAAAAGGACAAAUACUUUCUGUUUUACGACGGGGAGACAGUCUCAGGGAAAGUCAACGUUACCCUGAAGAACCCAGGCAAGAGGCUCGAGCAUCAAGGGAUCAAAAUAGAGUUUAUCGGGCAAAUCGAAUUGUACUAUGACAGAGGAAACCAUCAUGAGUUUGUCUCUCUGGUUAAGGAUUUAGCUCGACCUGGAGAAAUGGCUCAAUCUCAGACCUUUGAUUUUGAGUUCACGCACGUGGAGAAACCGUAUGAGUCUUACACAGGCCAGAAUGUAAAACUACGCUAUUUCCUGCGGGCAACCAUCAGCAGGAGACUGAAUGACAUCUGCAAAGAGAUGGACAUUGUAGUGCACACACUCAGCACAUAUCCAGAACUCAACUCCUCCAUAAAGAUGGAAGUGGGAAUUGAGGACUGUCUACACAUUGAGUUUGAGUACAACAAGUCCAAGUAUCACCUGAAAGAUGUGAUUGUAGGGAAGAUCUAUUUCCUGUUGGUGCGAAUUAAGAUCAAACACAUGGAGAUUGAUAUUAUUAAACGGGAGACAACAGGGACAGGGCCAAAUGUGUACCACGAAAAUGACACCAUUGCAAAAUACGAGAUUAUGGAUGGAGCACCUGUACGAGGUGAAUCCAUCCCUAUCCGUCUUUUUCUGGCUGGGUACGAGAUGACACCCACCAUGAGGGACAUUAAUAAGAAAUUUUCUGUUCGCUAUUACCUGAAUCUCGUACUCAUUGAUGAAGAAGAGAGACGUUACUUCAAACAACAGGAGAUUACGCUAUGGAGGAAGGGAGACAUUGUGAGGAAGAGCAUGUCCCAUCAAGCUGCCGUCGCCUCUCAGCGUUUUGAGGGCUCGGCGAGCGCAGAGAAAGCACUUUCUCAAGCUAAAGAGGAGGAGAACUAAACCCAACCAUGUCUUCUCAUCAUCUCAUGUGUGUAUGUGUUAGAAAGAGUGUGUGUAUGGAUUUAAAGAAGCCGUGCGCUCCCAAAAUAGAUGGCAACGUAAACAUGAUAUUUCACAUUCCUAAACACACCAGUUUAUGAUCAACAAGUAGCUUUUUAAAAAGGGAUGAAUAUGAAAAGCAAAAACACUGAUUCCAAAAACCACAAUUCGGUAUUUACAAAUUCUUCUUGGUGGUUCCUCUGAGAUUGUUUACUUUUUUCCACAACCCUGGAAUUAAUUGACUGUAUAUUUAUUUCAAACAUUUCAGCAGUCCAUCUAAAUGAAACAAACACAUUCCACUCUCUAUAUUCCAUUUACAGCCUUUUUAAUAUUCUGUUUUGAAUGUUUUGUUAAUGUGGAUUUUUCUUCUUUCAUAACAUACAUUGCAUACAGUGUUCAGCUUCUGUUUUUUAAUGAAACGGUGUUUAACUAAAUCAUAUUUUUAGUGAUUUUUAUAUACAGUAUGCUUACCGAUACAUGCCUUUUUAGUUUUGUUGCCAUUCCAGAAGAUAAAUUAUAAGCACUUCAGGGUUUUUGCCAAUGUGAUUUCAGUGUCUGCAAAUGGUGGGACCCUUAAAGGAGAAGUCCACUUCCAGAACAUAAAUUUACAGAUUUACUCACCCCCUUGUCACCCAAGAUGUUCAUGUCUUUCUUUCUUCAGUCAGUAAGAGAUUAUGUUUCUUGAGGACAACAUUUCAGGUAUUUUCUCCAUAUAGUGGACUUCAGUGGUGCCUCCAAGUUUGAACUUCCAAAAUGCAGUUUAAAUGCAGCUAUAAAUGAUCCCAGCCGAGAAAGAAGGGUCUUACUAGCGAAACUAUCGGUCAUUUUCUAAACAAAUUGGCAAUUUAUAUACUUUUUAACCUCAAAUGCUUGUCUGGUCUUGUCUCUGAGAUGUGCAUGCGUAGUCUGUGUAAUCCGGGUCAAUACAGUUAGGGUAUGUCUAAAAACUCCCGUCUCGUUUUCUUCUUCAACAUCAAAAUCGUCCUACAUCGCUGUUUUACCAUUUUUUUUUGUAAAGAGUGUUUGAUCUUUGUAUGUUCACUUUGUAAACACAGGGUCGGUACCUCUGCAGCGAUGUAGGACGAUUUUAAAUUUGGGGAAGAAAAUGAGAUGGGAGUUUUUUGACAUACCCUAACUGUAUUAAACGUAUUGAACCGGAAAAAAACAGAGUUCAGGCAGACUUGGACAGGACAAGCAUUUGAGGUUAAAAAGCAUAUAAAUUAUCAAUUUGUUUCAAAAAUGACCCAUUGUUUUUCUAGAUAAGACCCUUCUUCCUUGGCUGGGAUUGUUUAGAGCCAUUUGAAGCUGCAUUUUGGAUGUUUAAACUUGGGGGCACCAUUGAAGUCCAUUAUAUGGAGAUAAUUCCUGAAUUUUUUUCCUCAAGAAGCAUUAUUUCUUAUCAACAGAAGAAAGACAUGAACAUCUUGGAUGACAAGGGAGUGAGUAAAUUAUCUGUAAAUUUUUGUUCUGGAAGUGAACUACUUCUUUAAUUCCAUAUCAGCCCAAAAUGACUUAACCAUUUCCGCUUAGAUUUAACAAACAAACCAAAUUCAUUUCCCUACAGGAAUUUAGCUAAACUGAAAUGCACCUGAAUUUUAUUUUAUCUGUCAGAUUGUGCUGAUAGAAUGAUACUUUAACAAGCUCCUUGCUGUUUUAAGUGUAUAAAAAUAGAAUUUGAAUUCAGUGUUAUUGCUGUUGAGGUUUUGGUAUGGGAAACCAAAAUGUUUGACGUUGGGUAACACUUUACUAUAAGGUUCAAAAUAUUAACACUAGUUAAUGCGUCAGGUUUCAAGAACUAAAAAUUAAUCUUAGUUCAUGAUUAUUUCUAAAUGAAUUAUGAUUCAACUGCUUAUUUGUUAGUUUGUGUUGACAUUUUCAGUAGACAUUCACAAUAACCAAGAUUAACAAAUGUUAAAGGGUUGUUUAUCGUUAGUUCGGGUUAACUAUUAAACAACCUUAUUUUAAAGUGUUACUAAGUCAUUGCGGUUAUAAUGUUUCAUCUUCUUUAACACCAUCAUUUCUAGAAUUCAGGUGGCAUUAAUGUCUUAUUUUAGUUCUCAUUUUUACCAACACUGGAGAUCAGAUUUCAUAUUACAUGUCAGUUCUAACCAGUUACUAACCAAUACGUACUUAAAACCUUUCGAAAUCUUUGACCACAUCAGCAAACGCUGAUAAAGUGUGUGAUCAGGAUGAAAAGCAGAAGUAUUAACACUGUAUAAGGGAUGCAUAUCCUGGAAGUGACUGAACACCCAUUAUGAGAUUGCAGGCUUAUUACGGCUGCCUUGUUAGUGGCUUUCAUUGGCGUGAUCAUUUCUUGUCGUGUUAGGACCGCGGGGGCGUUUAUCUGUCUGAAAAUCCAGGAUAAAUAAUCUCAGUAUCA